CCAUUCGCGAAGUAUUCGUGUCUGCUAAGUAAGUAAAGUUUUUCAUUCGGUCAGUCAUGAGUCAGUUCAGUCGGCCAAAGGCGUCGCCGCAGACGCACGGUUCCAGAAAUUUAAAGCGGUCAUUAGAUCUACACGGUCGCGGGCACUUGCGAAAGGGGGCCGGUCAGAGUGCUAACACCCUAAUUAGCAUCCUAACAGCAGUUUUCCGUUCAACGUAAUAUCAGGACACCGUUAAUAUAAGUUCUAAUAUUGCGUGAAACGGAAAAAUCAGCCCGGCCAUCGGAAAUCCAUGAGACCGGCUCCGUCCACCCGGCCCCAGCUGCCGCUUGCCGGCCCGGGACCGUAUAGUGUAUAGUGGUAAUAAACGCAUAAGAAUAAGAAAAUGUUUGCGUUUUUAUAUUAGAGAAUAGAGACUGUUACGAGUGUCUUAGUGGUAUCAUACAAAUAUGACGUACGAAGGUAAACUCAAGACGGAUUCAAACAUAGCAUGGCAUCGUCCGCAAUCGUCACCAUUCCGCGUCGAGGAGGAGUUGAUCCAGAAGAGCGCACGAGCGCUCAGCUCCACCACCGAACCUCUGGAGAGACUGCGUCUGCUGUGCCUCACACGCGGUGCGUCGGGAAUUAUGGAACUAGGCAGGAUUUUCCGAAGAAUGGAUAACGACGGAAGCAAUGAACUUAACAAGCAAGAGUUUUUCGAGGGCAUCAAAGACACUGGACUGGAUAUAAGCCACGAUGAUGCAGAGAAACUGUUCGCUCAGUUCGACAAAGGCAACAGCGGUUCUAUUAGUGUCGAUGAAUUCAUCAAACAGAUUCGUCCUCCGAUGAAUGACGGCCGCCGUGCUAUAGUCGAGCGGGCGUUCAAGAAACUGGAUAAAACUGGAGAUGGGGUCAUUGCCACAGAGGAUCUCCGUGGCGUUUACUCGUGCGCUGCAAACCCGAGGUACAAGAGCGGUGAAGAGACCGAAGAACUGCUCAUUGGCAAAUUCCUAGCUAACUUUGAGAGUGAGGGCACCGUUGAUGGCAAGGUAACACUUGAGGAGUUCAUGAAUUACUACAGCGGCAUCAGCGUGUCCAUGGAGGACGACUGCUACUUCGAUCUCGUAAUGCGGCAGGCCUACAAGCUCUAGACAUCAGGCCAGAAGCAUGGACCUAAAAUACCAUGGACUUAACUAUGAUUUCAUGAUACCUACACACAUUUACGACUCGGGCUGAGCGGUCAUUGGCUCAACCCAAACCCAAUAAAUGAGAAUGGGCGUGUGCAAAAUCGGCAUGUCAUGAAGUCACAACUCCAUCUUAGCGACGUGGUUGCAUUUUUCAUCCAUUGCCAGAAGUCUUUGUUUGCUAUCAUUUGGACAAGCAGGACAUACACGCGUAUUUUAAGGGUUUUGUUGACGUCGUCAUGUCGUGUCGACCACGCGGAUACUAUGCUUUAUUCAAUAUUAAUGCUAAAGAUAUAUGUAUUUAACUAAUUACAGUAAUUACCGAUGUUUAAAACAUGCAGUGUUUCCUAUUUAUUAAAUAUAUUCAAUUUAGUACGCAUGUUUCAUUGUCCUUCUCCUUUUACUAGAAAUAUUGAAUAACGAACAAUUUUAUCAAUGAUAAAAACUACACUCAAGCGCAUCCAACUUGUCAGUAGAAAAAGGUGCAAAAUUCAAUUUUCUAUGAGAGAUCAACCUUGGCGCCUACAUUUUUAAAUUUGUCGCCUUUUUUUAUUGAUAAUGCCAGAGUAUACCUUUGGCUCAUUUCUCGAACGGUAUUAGUCUAAUAUUAUUAGUGUGUUGCCAUCGAGGCCCCAACGUCUGUUCUUCAAACCGCAGCCAUUUUGGUGAUGGGUAAACUUUGUGUGU